CUGCGUCAGCCUUCCAUAUUUUACCUUUAUGGGGUUGCUGAAAAGAAUAUAAGUCUGAAACAGACGCAGUUUAGUCUAGUUGUAUCUCGUGUAUUUGCGUAGCCUGAGAUAUACUGCUUUUGUGCCUUGACCCAACUUCUAUGUUGAAAGAUGACACUCUGGAACCAGCUGCAGCUGCUGGACUCUCUGUAUUUAGAGCAAGUGGACCAGCUUUACGAUGAGGCUUUUCCAAUGGAGAUCCGACAGUAUCUCAGUCAGUGGAUUGAGGGUCACGACUGGGAAUCAAUUGCCAGUAACGUAUCUUUGGCAACCCUGCGCUUCCAUGAACUCCUGAAUCAACUGGAUGAGCACUACAGCCGUCUCAACCUAGGAAACAACUUCCUUUUGCAGCAUAAUAUACGCAAAAUUAAGCGUAACAUACAGGAGCACUUCCAGGAGGAUCCUGUUCACAUGGCUAUGAUCAUAGCUAGCACUCUGAAUGAAGAGAGAAAGAUACUGGAAAAUGCACUUAGAACUCAAGGUAACGGUGGCUCAUCACAGGGGAGUGCAAUGAUGGAACAGCAAAAUGAGUUGGGCACUAAAGUCAACAAAUUGAAAACAACCGUGCAGGAAGUGGAACAGGACAUUCAGGUUCUGGAGGAUGUGCAAGAUGAGUACGACUUCAAGAGAAACACUUUGCAGAGUCGAGUGGAAGUUGAAAUGAAUGGCCAGGUAACGAAAGAGGUCAAGCAGGAGGAAAUGGCAAUCAGACAAAUGUUCGUUGGGCUGAGCAUGAAAAGAGAGGUGGUGAUAAAAGAAAUCGCUAAUGCGCUGACUCUAGCAGAGCAGAUCCAGCUCACACUCAUAUCUGAAGAGUUACCUGAGUGGAAGAAGAGACAGCAGAUGGUUUGUAUCGGAGGGCCGCCCAAUGCCUGUCUGGACCAACUGCAGAGCUGGUUCACGGUGGUGGCGGAGUGUCUUCAGCAGAUCCGUCAGCAGCUGAAGAAGGUUCAGGAACUGGUGCAGAAAUUCACCUACAACAACGACCCCCUCACCCUGGGCAAGAGCCAGCUGGAUGACCAGGCCCUUUUACUCUUCAAAAACCUUAUAAUACAUUCUCUUGUGGUGGAGAGACAGCCUUGCAUGCCGACACAUCCUCAGAGACCCUUGGUGAUAAAAACGGGAGUUCAGUUUACAGUCAAGAUCAGAUCACUAGUCAAACUCCCUGAACUGAACUGCCAACUCAAAGUAAAAGUUUCUAUUGACAAAGAUUUAACAGAGAAAGACACAAUAAAAGGAUGUAGGAAAUUCAACAUUUUAGGAACGUUUUCUAAAGUUAUGAACUUAGAGGAAUCUAGUGGGUGUCUAGCAGCUGAGUUUCGUCAUUUGCAAUUAAAAGAGAUGAAAAGUAACAACAGAACCAAUGAGACUCCUCUCAUCAUUUCUGAGGAGCUGCACAUCCUUAACUUUGAAACUCAACUCAUUCAGCCAGAACUAUGUGUUGAUUUAUCGAUCACAUCACUUCCUAUUGUGGUGAUAUCUCACGUGAAUCAGAUGCCUAGUGCCUGGGGCUCUAUCUUGUGGUACAACAUGCUCUGCAGUGAACCCCACAAUCUGACGUUCUUCUUGAAUCCUCCACCUGUGAAAUGGGAGCAGCUUUCAAAGGUCUUGAGCUGGCAGUUUUCUUCUACCACUAAACGAGCUCUGAACUCUGAGCAGCUGAGAACGCUGGCCGACAAAGUGCUUGGUCAUGAAACCCAAGGGGAUCAUGAAGGUCUCGUCCACUGGAAUACAUUUUGUAAGAUGUCUCCUAAUGAGAGGGGUUUACCAUUCUGGCUGUGGAUAGAUGGGAUUCUGGACCUCAUUAAAAGACAUCUACUCAACAUCUGGAAUGAUGGGUAUAUUAUAGGGUUUUUGAGUAAAGAGCGAGAGAAGGCUUUGUUGAGCAGCAAACUGCCGGGCACUUUCCUUCUGCGCUUCAGUGAAUCCUGUCGAGACGGAGGAAUCACAAUCACAUGGGUGGAGUAUUCACAGGACGGUGAACCUAAGACGCAUUCAGUGAAGCCCUACACUAAAUCAGAUCUGGCAUCUAUUUCCUUGCCUAAUGUCAUCCGUGACUACACCCUCACUGCUGCACAGAAGAUUCCAGUGAACCCCCUCGUCUACCUUUACCCAGACAUCCCAAAAGAUGAGGCCUUUGGUCGCUACUAUAUCUCUUCUGAUGACGAUCCAGAAGAGAUGGAGACAGACAAACCUAAGUCAUAUAUCAGGCCAUAUAUAGACAGGCGCAUCAUUUCUGUGUCAGAUGAACCUUUUUCAAGACCACGUAAGUGUUAGAGCACCUCGAGGCAAAACUACGAAGAACGUUACUCCGACAAUGAGCCUCAAUUUAAUCCAGCGCUUUUAUUAAAAGAAAAUGUAUCUGUUUCUAAAAGUAUUGUAUCUGCCACACGGAUAUCUAUAACGAAUAAUGGAUACAAAUAGUGAUACCAAAAUAAUUUAUCUUUGCACGGGUUUUAUAUAAAGAUCUACUACAUUUAUUCUCCACUCGUGUGAAGAAGAGGAGCUAUUUCCUUCUGCCAUGCCUUAAAACCUGUUCUUUUUGUUUGUUUGUUUGUUUGUUUGUGUAAAAAUGUGAACAUAUUGUAAAGAAACUAGCAUGUUGCUUGGAUUUUAAAUUUCUGUGUACCAGUCACUCAUAAAGAUAAAGAUACUGGAUGUAUACAAAAACUCUGAAAAGCUGUUCUUGAGAGAGACAUUUGUGAAAAAGACAUCCUCCUUCAUCUUGUGAAGUACUUAUUUAUUUUUUGCACAUUAAAAUAUCUUUUCAUACAAUUGCACAUGUACUGUACACACACACCAGCCAGAUACAGUCUACCAGAAAUAAACAUCAACCUACCUUCAGCAGUUACAAAUACUCCUAUAGAUCCAAGCCAGGUCCAUUAGGCAAUGUUACUGUCAUGUGAAUUAAAAAUAAAGUGUAUUAAACGGUUUAUAUUUAUGUAAUAAGCAUUUUUUUAACAGCGGUUUGUCCGUCUUUUUCUCCAGAUGGUAAUCUUUUCUCUGAAGCUUAAAAAUAAAGUGUAGUGCAAAAAUAAAUAUUGGCUGUUUCCAAACA